AUGGAAGAAGCGAACGAUGAGGGCACGUCUGAACAUCCCGAGGUACACGGCCGGACGACGCUCAUGAUUCGUAACAUCCCUAACAAGUACAAUCAAGCGAUGAUGUUGGACCUACUCAAUCGCUCGUACGCGGGACAAUAUGACUUCUUUUACCUUCCAAUCGACUUCAAGAACAAGUGCAAUUUGGGCUACGCUUUUGUCAACUUCAAGUGUGCAAAGCAAACAGCGGCGUUUUACAAGGAAUUCCAUAAGCAAAAAUGGGAGGAGUUCAAUUCGCGAAAAGUUUGCGAAGUCACGUAUGCGCGCGUGCAGGGGAAAGACGCGAUGGUCGAGCACUUCAAAAACAGUAGAUUCCCGUGCGAAAACGAGGAGUAUUUACCCUUAGUCUUCGACACAGACGGGAACAAAACAAGCUGCCACACGUUGGGGCACACCUCGCUGAAGUAG